AUGGAUUGGAUAAUUAACGACGAAAUGGGACUGACAGUGGGUCAUGUCGUAGGCUGGGCUGCUGCAUCUGCCAUGGUUAUAGGCGGUGUCAUCCCAUACGUUCCCCAGUAUUUGGAAAUUAAAAAAACCCAAGACGCCGAUGGGUUCUCGUUACAUGUUUGCUUUGCUCUUCUUAUUGCAAAUUCUUUGCGUAUAUUAUUUUGGUUCUCAAAGCGUUAUGAGCUUCCGCUUCUUGUGCAAAGCGUAGUUAUGAAUGUGACUAUGUUCCUAAUGAUACAUUUGUGUGUGAAAGUUAAACGAGUUAAUGCUAAUGCCAGAGAACGAAACUUGUCAGCAAAUGAUGACCUCCGUUUGCCAAAGACUAUGAUUACCGAUACUGACACGGCGGGAUCAGUUUCUAUAUCAACGGAAGCAGGUCCUUUAAAACGUGCACGUUCACGACAUUAUUUAAGUGACCUCGACCUUAAAUACUUUUGGAACUGGACUGACUUCCAGUCAUAUUUGGAUUUUAUGUUGGUUGUUUGGGCAGUUGGUGCCGCUAUAACGUACCUAAUGCUUUCCGUGGAUUGGUUUAUGGAGAUUGUUGGAUUUGUAGCUGUAUUUACUGAAGCCAUGCUAGGAGCUCCGCAGUUUAUCCGAAAUUUCAAAAACAAGUCAACGUACGGCAUGAGCAUUCAUAUGGUUCUUAUGUGGACACUUGGUGAUAUGUUUAAGACUGGUUAUUUUAUAGCUAGGAAAGCGCCGUCCCAGUUUUGGAUAUGCGGAACACUGCAGGUUAGUUUAGAUUUGGCUAUACUCAUGCAAGUGUGGAUAUAUCGCCACAAUUCUAAACCUCGCGAUGUCCAUCGUGGAGAUUAGCAGUUUGCCCCCGAAGAACAACAACAGCAACAACAAAUACAAGAACAAAUAUCUAAUACCAACAACAUUUCAGCCGACAGUAUUAGUCAAUCCAUACACAACACCGUAACUAGCAGUGGGAGUGGCGACGACCACCUUUUGACAGCCCAUGCAGACGAUGAAUACAAAAAUUACCACGACAAUCGUGCAUUUCAAUACCACAACAAUAACACUUUAGGACGAAAAAAAGUCGGAGGAAGCGUUUCCGACAGCAAUAACGUAUGUCAACGAAACGAGGUCGAACAGACCAGCGAACAUGGCAACAAACUAAAUGUUGUAAUUAUACACGAAGUUUCAAAAAAAUCAUCUCAGGAAGGCUUAGAUUCCAAAGUUGACCCAUUGUGCUCUUGCUCGUGCACAAAACAAUUCAAAUCUAAUAAUACGUGUGGUGAGCCACGGAAACGACAUAAUGCCACACAAACACCAACAUCCUUAAUAAAUUGGGAAAAACGUCCGCCAUAUCAAAGCAACAAUAUAGGACACUGCUAUUGCAACAACACCUGGUUCGGAAGAUCACCAACAUCUAGUUAUUGUCCAAAUGUCCAAGAACAAGCCUGUCACUGCCAUCGUUUACCCGCCACUGCCUCCCAUUGCUGCGGCAGGUCGUGUCAGCAUCGUAGUCGUAGUUCACAUUCGACAGGCCAUAAAAAUCACGGAGACUUUAGCAAUCAGUGGCCUCCAUUGUGCAUAAAGGAGUGUGGUGUCCGUCGCAAGCACAAGAGAUUUUCGGAUGCCAAUCGAUCGCGUGGUAGUCAUCGUAUAAAACAUCCACAAACGGCACAUCGGUUACACUGCUCUUCUACGGAUCACCUUCCAAAUAUCUGUACCAAGUCUUCCGAUUCUAGUGACGAUCCCCGAAAUCAUCAUACCCUCCAUUUGUCUUCUUCAACAGCAUUGCAUGAAAUAGCAAUAGAAAUAGAUGCUGCAACAAUGACCGAAGAUAACAGUACGACGGCUACAUCAAAUUUUGCAUUCAAAGUAGCCACGGACACCGCUGUCGUUCCGAUUAUUCGUGCUCCCAUUCAUGCGGACUCCGAUGAAGAUAGCAGGGUUGUUGUCAGUCGUUUGAAAAGGCGGUAUUCGGUCAACUCCAACACGACCGCAGAAACUGAUGAGUUUUCUAAUGAGGAAACUGAAGACAACUAUCUUCACCGAAAAUAUAGAUGUCAGUGCGGUUAUUGGCAUUCGUAUGAAGGCGGCUCAAACGUUAUAGCACGCUCGGUAGGUGAACCUAAAAACGAAUGCGUGAAAAUAAUGCGCAAGCGUUUUAUUUCUACCGAUGAUUGCUGUAGUAGUUGCUCAAGAUGUUCCAGCUGUUCGUGUUCACAUGUCCAUACGAGUAGCUGUAGUAGUUUCGAGGAAUGGCCCGGAAUCGCAUCGAAUAAGCAGUCGUUUACAGUAUCCGCAGAUUGCCACCGCUGCAGUGCUAAAAGACAUUCUGUUGCAUCAAUCAUUGACUAUCCAGGUAAUGAUAACCCUUUCAUUGGAGAUGAAGUUCUUCCUCAACCGUUGAUCCAAGACACCACCGAUAGCUCGGCUCAUACCAGUCGUCGAAGUAGCAUUACUACCAGUUUUUGUUCGUGCACUUCCAACGCGCCCUGUUGUUGCGUCGAAGAUUCGACUACUGGCCAAAUGUGUACGGCACAGGAUGUAACCAUACACACUUCUUCUUCUGGUAAAGUCGGUUGCAUGGAUGGCGAUGAACAACAUUCUAGUACCUUGACACCUUUGACAAAUCCCUCAUCCGCCGUGUCAACGCCUGUCGGCGAAGAAGGUGACGUCACUAUGAGGAGUAUAAGCCAGCCUUUGACUGAUGACACGUCUUCUCAAAGUCAUUCAGCCGACUAUUACUCUUUGUCGUCUAGUCAGCCACAGUCACAUGCCACACCAAACAAAUCACCUAGGCAGGCAGUCAUUUUGCAAAAAACAGAUGAUAAAGGACGAGUAGAUGUUACGGGUCAUAAACAUGACGUCGAAGACCAUGCCAAAAAAUCACGUAAACCUUGCAAACAUUUCGGAAAACACCAUCGCCACAAACGCUCUGAAUCGCCUAGGGACUCAUAUUUAUGACGAAGCGUUUCGCUGGUCACAUGGCCAGCGAUUGAUGUGAAUUCGUUGCUACAACAGACUAUACGUCAAUCUGCUAUACUGCAUGAGACAUCGCAGCCAACUGACGAAGGCAUAUCAGCGUUGGCCAGAAGGAAGCAACAGUUACGUUUACCUACACAUCCACAAGAUCUGAGUGUCGGCAGUAAUGACAGUUCUUCCGCAACUCUGACUUCCAUAGUAACUAUAGCGAAAUUCCCGCCACUUAACAUGCAAGUCCCCAAAUCCCAAUUGUUGGAACCCAAGUCGUCGCAGCAGCCUUCAUCAGUUCAAUCACUGUCGGCCAUAACUGCGCUUUGUGGCAGCAAUGGGUCUAGCGUUGUAACUACAACGACAACCACAACCUCAGCACCCAACAGUGGUCGUUUAAAGCGUAAUCCCAAAUUUUCUCCAUUGAUUGGUGAGCCGUUCAGCUGCGACCCAUUAUUAAGUGCGGCUCAAGAACGGCGUUCUACAGAAAUUAUUUUAUAGCA